CCUCCCUCCCUCCACGCACACACCGGCCCGGGCCAGCCGAGGACUCCCAAAUCCUACCGGGCAUCGAGGCUGGCACACGGCGGGGCACCGAGAGCUCUCUGCCCAGCCUGACCGCCCUGCUUGCCCCCGCUGGUGGUGGCGGGGCUCUUUUUCUCGCUUGUGGCGUUCACCGGCGAGACGUCGGCUCGGCUAGACUUUCAUACCCUGUGGUGCUGGGCAGAGCGUUAUGGCUCAGACGCUGCAGAUGGCGAUCCCUAACUUUGGCAACAACAUCCUGGAGUGUCUGAACGAACAGCGGCUGCAGGGCCUCUACUGUGAUGUCUCCGUGGUCGUCAAGGGACAUGCAUUCAAGGCACACCGCGCGGUGCUGGCAGCGAGCAGCUCCUACUUCCGGGAUCUGUUCAACGCCGGGGGAAAGAGCUCGGUAGUGGAGCUGCCCCCGGCCGUGCAGCCGCAGAGCUUCCAGCAGAUCCUGGCCUUCUGCUACACAGGACGCCUCAGCAUGAACGUUGGAGACCAGUUCCUGCUCAUGUACACAGCCGGCUUCCUCCAGAUCCAACAGAUCAUGGAGAAAGGCACAGAGUUUUUCCUCAAGGUCUCAUCUCCAAGCUGUGACUCCCAGGGUCUCCACACUGAGGAGACCCCAAGCUCCGAGCCUCAGAGCCCCGUCACUCAAACAGUGGGUGGAGGUGGCGGAGUCGGCAUCGUUGCCACAGCCGCAGGAAGGCCCACCUCUUGUCUGACGCCCCUCCCCCUGGUGUCCAAGGUGAAGACAGAACAGACAGCGUCCACACCUCAGCCCACCCCACAGCCACAGCAGGUAGGCUCUCAAAUACAGGUGAAAGAGAAAGCGGAGAAACCAGCUUCUUGUGAUUUUAAUUCAGAGGAAACCAUCUGUUUGCUGCUCCAAAAUAGUCACCGUGUGAUGACAGGACCUGCAGCCAACGCCGCUAUGUUGGCCGGCGGCGGCGCCACUUCAGUGGGAGCUGCCGGACUCAACAGUAACCAUAACAACAAUAACAACAACAACGGCGGGACCCCUGAAGGCACUAGCCCGGGCACACUGAGCAUGUACACCAGCGACUCACCAAUCAGUUACCACGACGACGAGGAAGAAGACGACAUAGCAGAUGACAGCGCCGAAGAGCAGUACAGACAGAUCUGCAACAUGUACACAAUGUACAGCAUGCUGAACGCUGGAGCGGCAGUGGUCGGGGAGCGGGUGGAAGCUCUUCCGGACUUGGCCCCAGACUCAGGUGGCGGACGGGGGGGAAGGGGGGCACGGUCCCGGCAGGACCUGGCGUCGCUGCCCGCUGAGCUCAUCAGCCAGAUCGGGAACCGCUGCCACCCGAAGCUGUACGAGGAGGGUGACCCAGCCGAGAAGCUGGAGCUGGUGAGCGGCACCUCCGUGUUCAUCUCCCGCGCCCAGCUCAUGAACUGCCACGUCAGCGCCGGCACCCGCCACAAAGUGCUGCUCAGACGCCUGCUGGCCGCGUUCUUUGACAGGAGCACUCUGGCUAACAGCUGUGGAACUGGCAUUCGCUCUUCAACCAAUGACCCCAGUCGUAAACCCCUGGACAACAGAGUGCUGCACGCUGUCAAAUUUUACUGCCAGAACUUUGCGCCGAGCUUCAAGGAGAGCGAGAUGAACGCCAUCGCGGCUGACAUGUGCACCAACGCCCGCCGCGUCGUCCGCAAGAGCUGGAUUCCCAAGCUUAAACUGCUGAUGGCCGACAGCGACGCCUAUUCCGCCUUCCUGGCCGACAGCGUGAAAAUGGAGGCCGACGGGCUGGGGGCGGAGCAAGGCUUUGACCCCGCCUCCCUCGAAGCCGUGGCGGUGGCGGCAGCAGUGGCUGGCAACAAUAACGAAGUGGGAGGCGGAGCCACGCAAGCAGACACCCUCCAGGGGGCAGGAGACGGCAGCACUUUGUUUUGAGUGAGUGAACGGACAGAUAGAUGAAUGGACAGAUGGACAGAUUGAUGUAGGGAGGGAUGGCAUUUCUCUGGGGCGAUGAGUUGAGAGCGGUGACCACAGUGGUCGUGAUGACAGUUGUCGCUCAUCCCCUAGCCGCCAUGUGUUUGGGGAUCUAUUUCUUCUUUUACACCUCUUUUGCUCAGUUUGUUCUGCUUCCCUUCCUUUGUUUGUCCACAUUUCUGUCUCUCUCAGCGGCCCAGAAUGCCUCUCUUUGGGUUGUUCCUCCUUCCUUUAAUGGUAGAGAGAGAUUGAAAGAUGGAGAGAAAGGUAGCAGAGGGAGGAGGUUGAUAAAUAGCCCCCCCACACACCUCUUCAUUCCUCUGCAACCUUUCAAGACCUGCUUGUUUCAGCCUUUAUUUUUUAGUUUUCUGUUUUUAAGAGUGUGUACUGUCACUAAGGCCCUUUUCUUACCAUAAUCAAUCACAGACAUUCCC